AAACACAUAUGAAUUGUAAAACUCACGCCCCCAACACCAUAUUAUCACGAAUCCAUGUUAGUGAAUCAUGAAAGCUGACAAACAUGAUACAACUGGACUAACCCUCUUUCCUUUUCUUCACUCUCCCCCUCUCUCUACAACUAUUUCAAAGGCUUCAUUUCUUCAGCUUCAUAAUCCUAUUAAAAAGCCCCUCCUCCCUUCUCAACUUUCUCAUUCCUUCCACUUGAACUCUCUCUCUCUCUCUCUCUUUCCAAAAGAGUAAUGGCGAAUUUGGUUGCUUUAUUUCUCCUCUGCUUAGCCUUCAUAUCCAAUGCUUAUACUCUUCAUGCUAUAGCAAAACAAUGGCCUCUGCGAAGUUCUACCAUUACUACACGGUUCUAUGACUUCAAGGUACAAACAAAGAGAAUUACAAAGCUAUGUGAGAGCAAAGACAUCGUCACUAUUAAUGGGAUGUUCCCAGGACCUGUGGUUUACGCCCAAGAAGACGAUAGACUGAUAGUCAAUGUCACUAAUGAGACACCCCACAAUGUUACCAUCCACUGGCAUGGAGUCCGGCAGAGGCUGUCUUGCUGGUUCGAUGGACCAGCGUACAUAACACAGUGCCCAAUCCAAGGAGGGCAAAGCUUCACCUAUGAGUUCACUCUGGGACAACAGAAGGGUACUUUGUUUUGGCAUGCUCACACCUCUUGGCUCCGAGCAACCGUCUAUGGCGCCAUCGUCGUCUAUCCCAAAACCGGCAUCCCUUACCCCUUUAAACAUCCUUAUGAGGAGCACAUUGUCAUACUAGGGGAGCAUUGGAUGAGGGAUGUAAUACCCAUGGAGAAGGAGGUUCUAGCGAGCGGUGGAGGUCCUCCUCCAGCGGAUGCUUUCCUUAUCAAUGGCCACCCUGGUCCCAAUUACAAUUGCUCCGCUAAUGAUGUGUAUAAGAUUGAUGUUGUCCAAGGGAAGACAUACUUAUUGAGGAUUAUAAACGCAGCCUUGAACAUGGAACACUUCUUUGCCAUUGCUAACCACAAGCUAACCAUUGUUGAAGCUGAUGCUGAGUACACAAAGCCCUUCACGGUUGAUCGCCUGAUGAUUGCGCCGGGACAGACGAUGAAUGUGCUCGUCACCGCUGAUCAACCCAAUGGCAGAUACUCUAUGGCCAUGGGAGCCUACAUGUCUGCUCGGAAUAUCACCUUCUUGAAUGUGUCAGCCAUAGCUUACUUCCAGUACACAAAUGCAGCAGUUAAUAGCUUAGCUAUAUCAGCUAAGCUUCCUAGUUUCACUGAUGACCUUGCUGUCAAGACAAUAAUGGAUGGUCUCAGGAGCCUAAACCCAGUUGCUGUCCCUUUGGAUAUAGACACUGACCUCUUCUUCACCAUUGGACUAAAUAUCCAAAAAUGCAAAUCACCAGAACCCAGUAAGAAUUGCAAAGCCACCAAUGGUGGGGUCUUGGCAGCUUCCAUGAACAAUAUCUCUUUUGUUAUGCCCAAUAUCUCACUUCUGCAAGCCUAUUACAACAAGAUUAAUGGUUACUUCAGUGAGGAUUUCCCUGAUGUGCCCCUUAAUUCAUAUGAUUAUGUUAAUGGGGCACCUAAUAAUAUUCCUAAUAACACCCAGUCAUUGGUUGGGACUAAGACUAAGGUCCUUGAAUAUGGAUCCAAGGUGCAACUCAUCUUGCAGGACACAGGGACAGUAAGUACUGAGAACCACCCCAUUCAUCUCCAUGGAUAUAGCUUUUAUGUUGUGGGCUAUGGGAGUGGCAACUACAAUCCUCACUCAGUGAAGCUCAACCUGGUUGAUCCACCAUACAUGAAUACAGUAGCAGUUCCAGUGGGUGGAUGGGCUGCAAUAAGAUUUGUUGCAGACAAUCCGGGGGUCUGGUUCAUGCACUGUCACCUAGAGAUUCAUACUUCUUGGGGUCUAGCCAUGGCUUUUAUAGUGAAGAAUGGACAAGGGGAUAUGGAGACCCUUCCUCAUCCCCCAGAUGAUACACCCAAUUGCUAAAGAUGCCUCUAAUCAGAUC